UCUGACGUCAGCACGCAAUAAAGCACCGCGGCUCAUCAUAUAAGCCGCAUCAGAACCUCGCACCACAACCGUCUGACAGAGCAGGCGAGCAUCACUCGCGAUUCAAGAGGGUUUUUACUUCGCUUCACCUCUUUCUGACGUAGCAGCAUACAACCAUGAAGGGAAUGAUUCUCCAGCUCAGCCGCAACCUGAGUCGCGCUGCCCCCAUUCUCAGUCGCAGUGUCCACUCUGGCACACGUCCCGCCUCCACUGCCGCCUCCAAACUGACAUCUGACCGUCUGCUCUCCUCGGAGGAAAUCUACGCCCGAGAGGACAAGUAUGGAGCGCACAACUACCACCCCCUGCCAGUGGCCUUAGAGAGGGGAGAGGGUAUCUAUGUUUGGGAUGUGGAGGGCACCCGGUAUUACGACUUCCUCAGUGCGUACAGUGCAGUAAACCAGGGUCACUGCCACCCAAAGAUCAUAGCCGCGCUCAGCGCCCAGGCCUCCAAACUCUGCCUGACUUCCAGAGCGUUCUACAACAAUGUACUGGGAGCCUAUGAGGAGUACAUCACGUCCUUGUUCGGCUAUGACAAAGUCUUACCCAUGAAUACAGGCGUCGAAGGUGGCGAGACAGCCUGCAAGCUUGCCCGCAAGUGGGCUUACAGUGUAAAGGGAGUCCCCAAAAACCAGGCCAAAAUCAUUUUUGCAGAGGGAAACUUCUGGGGCCGCACCAUGGCAGCCAUCUCCAGCUCAACAGACCCCAGCAGUUACGAAGGUUUUGGUCCCUACAUGCCAGGCUUUGAGCUUGUCCCAUACAACGACAUUCCUGCACUGGAGAAAGCUCUCCAGGACCCAAAUGUUGCUGCUUUCAUGGUGGAGCCCAUCCAGGGUGAGGCAGGGGUGGUGGUGCCAGACCAGGGCUACCUGACUAAAGUCAGAGAACUCUGCACCAAACACAAUGUGUUGUGGAUUGCUGAUGAGGUGCAGACAGGUUUGGCAAGAACCGGCCGACGUCUGGCUGUGGACCACGAGGAAGUCCGUCCAGAUAUCGUUGUUCUGGGCAAAGCUCUCUCUGGGGGAGUUUACCCUGUAUGUGCUGUGCUGUGUGACGAUGAGAUAAUGCUGACAAUCAAGCCUGGAGAACACGGGUCAACAUAUGGAGGUAACCCUGUGGCCUGUCAGGUCGCCAUCGCUGCACUUCAGGUGCUGGAGGAGGAGAAGCUGGCAGAGAAUGCUCAAAGGAUGGGAGAGCUGCUGCGGAGCGAGCUGAAUAAACUGCCCAAAGACAUCGUGACAACAGUCAGAGGGAAAGGCCUCCUCAACGCAGUCAUCAUCAAAGAGACCAAAGACUACAACGCCUGGGAGGUGUGUUUACGCCUUCGUGACAACGGACUGCUGGCCAAGCCCACCCACGGUGACAUCAUCCGCCUGGCCCCUCCCCUCAUCAUCAAAGAGCACGAGCUGCGCGAGUGUGUCGACAUCAUCCAGAGAACCAUCUUGUCCUUCUAAACUACAACCAUCUCUUCAAGAAUACGCACACAGCUUUCAAGCUCAUAAUCCAAACUGAUCAUCCUGUUGUUAUUUUCACUUUUAAAGACAGUCUGAAAGGUAUUACUGUAGAGACACAGUAUACAGACGCUGUAUGGAGAAUGUUUCUGUGAGGCUACACUGACACUUACGUACAGGAAUAAUGCUGUAGAGGAAAAACGGUCUGUUAGGCUAAGCUUCACUGUCACUGAAGACGAUUACCCCCCCCCCCCUUCAGGUGUCUAAAAAGUGCUCUGUCUGAUCAGGCUGCCUCAGGAAAGACUUCAAGACAGGUGGAAACAUCAUCAGUUUAUUUUAAAUGUUUAACAGUUAAUUCACAUUUCUGCUGGUAACAAGUGAUGUAAAUAAUCAGUGUGAUUGUAUCCAAUGCAUCAUUUUAAUUUUCUUACAGGAGAAGUAGUGUUACCAGAUACUCAUGCAGUCUAAAGGUUAGACUCAAGAUUAAUUAAAAUUUUUCCUCAAAGGUAAACGAUUAAGCUAUCUUGUUACAAUCUUGUUUGCGGUUUAGUUUGUUUACUAAACUGCUGUGUGCAAACAGAAACUCUGAACUGUUGCUGAAAGUCUUGUUACACAGAAGGUCAUUUGGGUUUUUCUAAUGCUAAGAGCAGCGUUUCAACACAUUUAUAAAAUGCUGUGAAACAUAUAGUAAAUUCAGACUUCUUUGAGUUGUUUAAAUUUCUUUAACAAUUAUGAUCUGUAUCUGUGCAUUGUUGUUAUGGAAUUUUCUGAUGAAUUUUUUAUUUGUUACAAAACAUGUAAAUAUUGUCUUUUCAAAGGCAAUAUCCCCUUUUAAGUUGCUGUAUUAUCCACUGAUCUCAAAAUAAAUUAUUGCAGUCGUA